AUGUGCAAGUCGAGUGAGCAACACGCCUUCUUGGCCGCCCUGCCAAAGGUCGAGCAUCAUAUCCAUCUCGAGGGCGCCCUUUCUCCUGAACUCCUGUUCAAGCUUGCUGAAAAGAACCAAAUCCCUCUUCCUACCGAUGACCCUUCAUUCGCGUCCAUUGAGUCCUUGAAACUCCGCUACACACGAUUCACCUGUCUCGAUGACUUCCUGAAUUAUUACUAUAUUUGCAUGAACGCGCUCAUCACGGAAGAUGACUUUGAAAUGCUGGCGUGGGAUUACUUCACCCGUGCCAAAUCCGAUGGCGUUCAUCACGUGGAAGCGUUCUUCGAUCCUCAGGCGCAUCUCAGUCGAGGCGUCGCGUAUGCCACGAUAGUCGAUGGUCUCAAUGCGGCGCGCUCAAGGGCCGAAUCCGAACUAGGAAUCACCAGUCUCCUAACGUCAUGUUACCUGAGACAUCUCCCCGUCCACGAGAGCGUGGCCACGUUCAAAUCGCCCGAGGUUCAGGAGCACUACAAGAACGGCUCCGUGAUCGGCGUAGGCCUAUGUUCCUCCGAAAACAAUCCGCCGACCUUGUGGUCCGAGAUCUUUCAGGAGGCGUCCUCGAUCGGGUUGAAGCUUACAGCGCACGCUGGUGAAGAGGGACCGGCGGAAUACCUCGCAAACGCGCUGGAUCACCUCGGCGUGACUCGUAUCGAUCACGGGAUACGGCUCGGUCUCGACCACGAUCCAGACCUGAUGAAAAGGGUUGUGGACAACAAUAUCCUCCUCACCGUGUGCCCUGUUAGCAACGUGGUCCUACGGUGCGUCCCGCACAUUUCCCAUGUUCCGAUCCGUAAGUUCAUCGACGCGGGUGUCAAAUUCAGUGUCAACAGUGACGACCCUGCAUAUUUUGGGGCGUACAUCCUUGACUGCUUCUGUGCGGUCCAAGAAACGUUUGAUCUCAGUCGGAAGGAAUGGGAAACGAUCACGACAAAUUCAAUUGAGCAUAGCUGGUGCAGUGCGGACCGGAAGUCUGAUUUGCUGGACGCUCUCAGCGUUGUCAUGAACACCCACGGGGCCAGAGAUAUAACUUUAAACUAG